GUUAAGCCUUGAACCACUUGUCAUGUUAUCCACUUCUGUCGACAAAAUUCUCAUCCCAAAUCUGCACCUCAAGUUUCUUUUUACUGCAUGCCACGUUCAAAGCUUUACACUUUUGAGCCUCCAAGUUCUUACCUCGUUGAGCUCCAUUCGUGGCACCAGCCAUGGAAGCUCUGAGAAUUUCAUCUCUUCCCUCACUGCAAUUUCCCACCAAAUUUGACAAAUCCCAACCCAAAAAAUUUACUAUCUCAGGAUUUAACCCGCACCCCACUUCAUCUUUUUCACCGUUUCAAGGGACCGCAUCAUCAGCAUUCAAGACUUUCACCGCCGUACAAUCCUCUGUUUCGACCGAGCCUGCAAACCCACCGGACCCAUCACUCGAAAACCCGACCCAGGAGGAGAAAUUCGACUGGUACGCCCAAUGGUAUCCGUUGAUGCCGGUUUGCGAUCUCGAUAAGAGGGUCCCGCAUGGAAAGACGGUUUUGGGGAUAGACGUGGUGGUGUGGUGGGACCGGAACGAGAGUGCUUGGAAGGUGUUCGAUGAUGCUUGUCCGCACAGGUUGGCGCCGUUGUCGGAAGGGAGGAUUGAUCAGUGGGGCAGGUUGCAGUGCGUCUAUCACGGUUGGUGUUUUAAUGGCUCCGGCGACUGCAAGUUCAUCCCUCAAGCACCAACUGAUGGCCCUCCGAUUCACACGAAUAAGAAAGCAUGUGUAGCCGCUUAUCCAACAACCGUGCAGAAUGGCAUUGUGUGGUUUUGGCCAAAUUCCGAUCCUCAAUACAAAGAUGUUCUUGCAGAGAAAAAACCUCCCUACAUACCUGAACUAGAUGAUCCUUCGUAUAGUGGUCCAAUGGGAAACAGAGAGAUUCCUUACGGGUACGAGGUCUUGAUUGAAAAUCUUAUGGACCCUGCUCAUGUUCCAUAUGCGCAUUAUGGAAUAAUGCAAACGAGACAACCCAAAGAGAAAGCUGAUAGAGAAGGGGGUAGACCAUUGGAUUUGAGGGUUGAGAAGUUAGACAUAAAUGGUUUCAUCGCAAAGCAGGAAUGGGGUCGGAGUAAAUUUUUGCCACCAUGUGUGUUCUACGCUUCUCCACUUGAUCCGCUUGAGCAGGGUAAUGGGGCCGCAUCAUCAGCUGAAACCAAAAAGGUGUCAUCAGCCCAGCGGAGACUUCUUCUAAUUUUUAUUUGUAUCCCAGUUAGUCCGGGUAAUAGCAGGUUGAUAUGGACCUUCCCAAGAAACUUCGGCAUUUGGAUUGAUAAGAUUGUUCCGAGGUGGAUGUUUCAUAUUGGACAAAAUCUGAUUCUGGACUCCGAUUUAUAUCUUCUUCAUGUUGAGGAACGUAAGAUAAUGGAAGCAGGCCCUGCCCAGUGGCAAAAAGCAUGUUUUGUGCCAACAAAGUCAGAUGCCCUUGUGGUUGGUUUCAGAAAAUGGUUAAACAAGUACGCUGGCGGUCAGGUAGAUUGGAGAGGCAAGUUCUGUGGGGCUCUUCCCCCCACUCCUCCUAGAGAACAGUUGCUGGACAGGUACUGGUCCCAUGUGGUAAACUGCAGCAGUUGCAGUGCCGGAUACAAAGGUCUGAAAGUGCUCGAAGUUGUAUUGCAGUUUGCCGCUUUUGCUUUAGUGGGAAUUGUUGCUGCAACCAAGCAAGCUGCCAUAUCUGUGGCUGCAAGAACUACGCUCGUUGCAGCGGCUAUACUAUCAUUUGCAGCUUCAAAAUGGUUGGCUUACUUUAUCUACAAACAGUUUCACUUUCAUGACUACAACCAUGCUUUCCGGUGAUCUGGUUAAUCUUCGCUCACCGCGCAUUUAGCUUAAUACAACACUAAACACCGCGCGGGGUAAUGUAAUUAUGAUACUACGUGAUCCGAAUGCAUGUAAACUUAAACACUGUUGAGCAUGAGUUUGUACACUGUACAAAGAGUAUCAUGCUAAUGUCAAUGUUGUCUAUUGGGUAAUGUGAUUGGGUAAUGUGGAUCAUCUCUCA